UUUUUCCUUGAUUCAUCUCACUAAUCUCUUUCUCCUCUAUAACUAAUUUACGAGCAGUGUUCUUUGCGAAUUAGGCCAAGCGUCCGUCUCCGACUCUCCGAGUCCGACCUCCGACCGCUGCCUCUCCGUCCCGUCGCUAUAAAGCUCUCGUCUUUGUCGCCCGCCUCUUCACGUGCGCGCCACCACCUCCCAUGCAAGGGCAGUCGUAGCAGCACGGCCGUCUCGUGCCCGUGCCCGUGCCCGCCGCGCCGCUUUUCGAUCGACGCGAUACGCCCACCCGCAGCGCCGUUCUCUUUGGCAGAUCCAUGGCCGUGGAUAGUCCCCCGCCGGCGUCACCGCAGCGACGGCAGUCCGAGGCCGGCGCGGGCGGGCGGCGGACGGACAGGCACGGCCGACGCCUCGAGGUGUACAACGAGGUGCUCGUCCGCCUGCGCUCCUCCGCCGCGGUCUCUCCGGCCUUCGAGGACGCGCUCUGGGCCCACUUCCACCGCCUCCCCGCCCGGUACGCGCUGGAUGUGAACGCGGAGAGGGCGGACGAUGUGGUCACCCACCAGCGGCUGCUCCAGGAGGCGCGCGAUCCGGAACGCCGGCCCGCCUUGUCCGUGCGCGUCGUGCAGGUUUCUAGGAUUAUCGAUACUGAUGUGGGCGAUCCAUAUGAUCCUGACAUGGAGGCAGUUGCUUCGAAUCGUCCUGAGGCUAAUGAAACGGUUCACCCACCUCCAGCAUUUGGUUCUUCCUCCAAUCUAGAGGCGCUUGCGCUUGAAACAAGUGAGAGUGAUGUAAGGAGCACUGGUGAUACUGAUCACAGUGUACAUCUAAUUUCCAGGCCGAUGCACGAGAUAACUUUUGCAACGAUUGAUAAGCCAAAGCUCCUUAGUCAGCUGACUUGUUUGCUUGCUGAGCUCGGUCUUGACAUCCAAGAAGCACAUGCAUUUUCAACAAUUGAUGGCUACUCAUUGGAUGUAUUUGUUGUCACUGGAUGGCAUCUUGGGAGUACUGAGCAGCUACAAGGAGAUUUGCUUCAGAAAUUUCACAAAAUCGAGCUUUCUGUACAGACACAAGCUUGGCCUUUAUCCAGCUCAUUAUCACCGUCAUCAGAAGGUCAGCAAGGUGGAGAAAGUAUGUCAUCUGCAAGUGUUGAAAUUCCAACAGAUGGUGUAGAUGUUUGGGAACUUGACCUUAAGCUGCUCAAGUUUGGAAGCAAAGUUGCUUCCGGAUCAAAUGGUGACCUGUACCGUGGAACAUACUGCAAUCAGGAUGUGGCCAUCAAAGUAGUGAGGCCUGAGCGCAUCAGUGCAGAUAUGUACCGAGAUUUUGCACAAGAAGUGUACAUCAUGAGAAAGGUCCGUCACAAGAAUGUAGUGCAGUUUAUCGGUGCAUGCACAAGACAACCAACACUGUAUAUUGUAACAGAUUUCAUGCCAGGAGGGAGUGUCUAUGAUUACCUCCAUAAAAAUAAUAAUGCUUUCAAGCUUCCUGAAAUACUGAAAGUGGCGACCGACAUCACUAAAGGAAUGAACUACCUGCACCAGAACAACAUAAUUCACCGCGAUCUCAAGACUGCAAAUCUUCUCAUGGAUGAAAACAAGGUUGUAAAGGUUGCAGACUUUGGUGUUGCACGAGUGAAAGACCAAUCUGGAGUGAUGACUGCAGAAACUGGAACUUACCGUUGGAUGGCACCUGAGGUCAUAGAACAUAAGCCCUACGAUCACAAAGCGGAUGUUUUUAGCUUUGCUAUUGUUCUUUGGGAACUGCUAACCGGCAAGAUCCCUUACGAGUACCUUACACCACUGCAAGCAGCAAUAGGUGUUGUUCAGAAGGGUAUUAGGCCAACAAUUCCAAAAGACACACAUCCCAAGCUCAUCGAGCUUCUUCAGAAAUGUUGGCAUCGAGAUCCAGCUGAGAGGCCCGACUUCUCCGAGAUACUGGAGAUCCUUCAGAAACUCUCCAAAGAGGUGAGAACUGACACUGAGGGUCGCCACAAAACGAAGUCAGGGUUCCUUUCAGCGCUGAAGAGAAGCCACUGAAGGGCACUGGGCACCCAGCCACCUAUGAUAGUUUACUCCAAUGUAAUGUUGGUGAUUGAUGCACGCUGUAAUCACAAUCACAGCAUGAUUCUGAAGUUCUGAUGCAAGUUGAAUAGUGCGCUGUAGUUGUACAGUCACGAUUUUCUCGUGUAAUUGCAGUUGUCUCUCUCUUUUUGGCUCAAUUUGCCCUUUUGUUUUGUUGCUUUGCCCUCAUGUAAUCGUAGAUGAUAUUUGUUGGAUGUUCUAACGACUGGCAUAGAUUGAAGUGUGCUGAAAUAAAUUCCUGCUGGUGAGAAACAGCGCGCUUCGUGUCAGUUAACUCGGAGAUUUAUCAUAGAUGAGAUGAAUUUAC